AAAUAUCUCGUCGAUCCUCCAUCAUCCACCUUCUUCCCCAGUCAUCAUAAUCAUCGGAUGACCUACGCUGAAUCGACUCGAUCCGCCGUCGUCUACUCGUCGAUUGUGCCUCCACCACGUACUCCAGUUGGUCCGCCGAUGUUGAAAGAUGGCGUGCGGAAAGGAUCCGCAUCGCAACCACUUCAACCAAAAAACGGUGCCAACAGUUUGGACUAUUGGAGUAAAUCGGAAGAUGAAAAGUCUGGAAUAACGUGUUACUACAGUCGUCAUAAUAUUCAAUUUCCACCACCACAGAGGAAAAUGAAACCUGUAAAACCAAAUCCUGUGGGAAGGUCAACAAUAAAUGGAUUCACACCAUCGACAUCAUCACCACAAAAUGGUCUUAGAUAUCCACCAUUUCCACAGAAUACACCAGAAUCUGUGAUGAGUCCUCCAGUUGGAAUCUACCGUAAUAUUCCCGCAAUGCCACGUGCAAAACUUACAAAAGAUGAGAAAAAUGGAGGGAAAAUGAAUCGAGAUGGUGGAGGAGAAAACCCAAAAAAUGUAGUUUGGGGUGGAACAUCAAGAAAAGAUGAUGAUACGGCUAGUACACCGUUAAAUUCAUUUUCAGCCAAUGCAUCAAUCGAGAAAAAGCGAUCAACAGCGAGAAGGAAACCAAGAUGGGCACGCUGUUUUCAGACACUUUUCUGUUGUGUGACUCCACCCAGAGAGAUUGAAAAGAUACAAUCAAGCCAACGAACGAACAGUACAAACAACAAUCAUCAGAAUGGAAGACCAUCUACACCAACAAAUACAGGACCACCCAUUCAGCUUAUCACACAGGUUCAUCGUGAUGGAACAGUAACUGGACUACCGACGACCGGUCAAGCAUGCCAACAAAAUGGAAGUGGUGAUGGAGUGACACCUUAUGAUAAAAUUGCUAAUGAUUCAGUGGGAACAAUAAACGAGAAGCCACUUCUUCCACCAUUAUUACCACAAGAUUCGAAUAAAAAAUGUCUGGUGAUCGAUCUUGAUGAGACAUUAGUGCAUUCUUCGUUCAAGCCCGUGAAGAAUCCGGAUUUUGUGAUUCCCGUCGAAAUUGAUGGUGUCGAGCAUCAAGUAUAUGUACUGAAACGACCGUACGUCGACGAGUUUCUUGCGAAAGUUGGAGAACAUUUUGAGUGUAUUCUAUUUACUGCGUCACUUGCUAAGUACGCUGAUCCUGUGGCUGAUUUAUUGGACAAGAAACGGGUAUUCAGAGGACGACUUUUCCGUGAAGCGUGUGUAUUCCAUAAGGGUAAUUAUGUAAAAGAUUUGAGUCGACUGGGAAGAAAUCUGAAUCAAACUUUGAUUAUCGACAAUUCACCAGCCAGUUAUGCAUUCCAUCCUGAAAAUGCGGUACCAGUGACGACGUGGUUUGAUGAUCCUUCAGAUACAGAGCUUUUGGAUAUUCUUCCAUCUUUGGAGCACUUAAACGGGUUCUCAAGCAUCUAUGAUCUGUAUCGACCAGAAGAAGGACCACAAUCCGAGCUUCUGAAUCACUGCUCUUGCUAA